AUGGAAGACUAUCAACAGUUCAUCAAGAAGAUUUGGGAUGACUUCAACAAGGAGGCAGGAAGCACCAUCAAGCCCCACAAGCAGUGCUCCACCCUGGUCUUCAACAGACACAUCAACACCAACCAAGUCCAGGUGGAACUAGUGAAGAUAAUUCAGGAAUGCAGCAUGCUGAAGAUGCUGUACAAGAGCAUUGACACCACAAUCACAGGAGGCUACAGAAUCAAAUUCUGGACAAUGGACCAUCUUGACACCUUCCUCAGGAAACACCACAUCUAUGACAAUAACAAGAAACCACACUGCAAGAUGAUCUCCAUCUAUGGGUGCGCUGACCAGAACAGGAUCAACCUGUGCAAGGUUGAUGUUGUUAACAAGAAGAGGACUGAUGUGCCACUGGAGGAACAACUGGUCCCCCACACCCAGAUGUUGUGA